UCUUGUCUCUCAUCAAAUAUUUACUCUUGAAUUUUCAGAUUGUUGGGAGGACAAGAAGGUGUUUUUUGAAAUGGAGAAAGUUAGUACACUUGGUGUGAAACAAGAACAACCAACUGUCGUCCUUCCUGCAGAGGAAACUCCAAAGGGUCUGUACUUUCUCUCGAACCUCGAUCAGAACAUCGCGGUCACAGUUCGUACUAUUUACUGCUUCAAGUCGGAUUCGAGAGGCAAUGAAGAAGCUGCGGAAGUCAUUAAGAAGGCCUUGUCAGAUAUUCUUGUUCAUUACUACCCGGUUGCGGGGAGGUUGACCAUCAGUUCCGAGGGGAAACUUAUAGUGAAUUGCACAGGGGAAGGUGCUGUGUUUGUUGAGGCUGAAGCUGACUGUUCCGUUGAAGAGAUAGGAGACAUAACAAAGCCUGAUCCUGUGACUCUUGGGAAGCUGGUUUAUGAUAUUCCUGGCGCCAAAAACAUACUUGAAAUUCCUCCUCUUGUUGCUCAGGUGACUAAGUUCAAAUGUGGUGGAUUUGUUCUUGGUUUAUGCAUGAACCAUUGCAUGUUUGAUGGGCUUGCAGCCAUGGAAUUUGUGAACUCAUGGGGUAACACUGCUAGGGGCUUACCCUUAAAGGUCUCUCCAUUUAUUGACAGAAGCAUACUCAAAGCCCGAAACCCGCCAAAGAUAGAGUCUGCACACGACGAAUUCGCCGAGAUUGAAGACAUCUCGGAAACCAGCAAGCUCUAUGAAGAGGAGAUGCAGUACAGGUCCUUCUGUUUUGGCCCUGAGAAACUUGAGCAGCUCAAGAAAAAGGCCAUGACAGAUGGGGUCCUGCAAAAGUGCACAACAUUUCAAGCUCUCUCUGCCUUUGUAUGGAGAGCUCGAACCGAGGCACUAAGAAUGCAGCCUGAUCAGAAGACAAAGCUCCUCUUUGCAGUCGACGGCCGCCCUAGAUUCGAACCCCCGAUUCCCGAAGGCUACUGUGGCAAUGCAAUUGUGCUGACCAAUUCUCUUUGUAGAGCAGGUGAACUAGUUGAGAAUCCAUUGUCAUAUGCCGUUGAGUUGGUUCAAAAGGCGGUUAAUAUGGUUAAUGACAGUUAUAUGAGAUCUGCUAUAGACUACUUUGAGAUAACAAGAGCUAGGCCUUCUUUGGCCGCAACACUUGUGAUCACAACUUGGUCUAGACUCUCUUUCCACACCACUGAUUUCGGAUGGGGAGAGCCUCGCUUGUCCGGGCCUGUGGCUUUGCCCGAAAAAGAAGUCAUUUUGUUCCUUUCACAUGGGAAAGAAAGGAAAAGCAUAAAUGUGCUUUUGGGUUUGCCAGAAUCUGCCAUGAAGAUCUUUGAAAACUUAAUGGGGAUUUAAGUAAUUAUUGGAUUAGUGUUGUCCGUUUUUCUCUACUGAAGCUUCCUCAGGCCUUUGCACUUUAGUUGGUCAAAGGAGCAAAACCAAACGUGUCACUUGUAAUAUUUCAGUUCAAUGAUGUUGGGUUGGGUUGGGUUGUUUGCCCUCUUUGAACAACAGGGCAAUGGAAUAAGAAGCUUUAUUCUUAUUUAUAUAUCUAUUUGUACUUUAUUUUCUUUGUUCUUUUCCAUCCACUUUCAUGGAAAUAAAUGUAUUCAUUUGUUGUCUCUUAGAGUAAUAUUAUUUAAAGGUUGUCUAUCACUAUCACACAAUAAAUUUA